GCUGUGCGCUCCGUCCUCCCAGCCAGCAGGUGCCCCCAGACCACCGGCUCCUUCUCUGCAGCCGUCAGGUGCCCCCAGACCACCGGCUCCUUCUCUGCAGCCAGCAGGUGCCCCCAGACCACCGGCUCCUUCUCUGCAGCCGUCAGAGCCUCGUCCUCUCUCCCUCUUUGCGCUGCUUCCUGAUCCCGGGAUCCGGGCCCUGAGCUCCGGGGCCGAGGUUCCCGAGGCUUCCCGGGGCUCUCGGCCAGGAUGGCCUUAGCUCUGUGUCUGCAGGCGCUGUGCAGCCUGGGGGGCUGGCUCUCGCUCUACAUUUCUUUCUGUCGCCUGAAUAAUCACCGAAGCUAUGAGUGGAGCUGCCGGCUGGUUACGUUCACCCACGGAGUCCUCUCGAUAGGUCUCUCAGCUUAUAUUGGCUUCAUUGAUGGCCCUUGGCCUUUUACCCACCCAGGCUCACCCAAUACACCUCUCCAAGUGCACGUUCUGUGUCUCACCUUGGGCUACUUCAUCUUCGACUUGGGCUGGUGCAUCUACUUCCAGUCUGAGGGGGCCCUGAUGCUGGCUCACCACACACUGAGUAUCUUGGGCAUCAUCAUGGCCCUGGUGCUUGGAGAGUCAGGCACAGAGGUCAAUGCAGUCCUCUUUGGAAGCGAGAUUACCAAUCCCUUGCUACAGAUGCGCUGGUUUCUUCGUGAAACAGGCCAUUACCAUAGUUUCACUGGAGAUGUGGUGGAUUUCCUCUUUGCAGCUCUGUUCACUGGAGUGAGGAUUGGUGUAGGAGCUCACCUCCUCUUCUGUGAAAUGGUCUCACCCAAGCCCAAGUGGUUUGUGAAGGUCGGGGGAGUUGCGAUGUAUGCUGUGUCUUGGUGUUUCAUGUUUAGCAUCUGGCGUUUUGCAUGGAGGAAAAGCAGCAAGAAGUACCACACCUGGAGAAGCAGGCGGAGUGAGGAGCGGCAGCUAAAACACAAUGGACAUCUCAAGACACACUAGCCAAGGCUUGCUCCAGACAAUGGAUUGGGUUAAGUCAGCCACGGGAACCAGGUUGGAGAUAUGGCUGUUACAGAAUCCUGCUUAUGACAAGCUUAGGUUUCAAAAAAGGGCUAAAUUUAUCCAUCCGUUUGGUCAGUCUUGGAGCGGAACACAUCCCAGUAUUAAAACGCUAACUUCUGCAGCUGUGUAGUUGUGGAAAGUGAGACUACCGGCAGUAGUUGUAAGUCAGAUCUGUGAGGUGAGCAUACUGCAUUCCUUUUAAGUUGUGGUGACCCUGGCUCCUUUGUCCCUGGGAGCCUUGAUGAUCAGACAGCCUAGAAAGGAACUCAAAAAGCAUUAGUGCUGUUUCUUCCUUAGUCCUCUGAGAAGUGACUCCUUCAACAAAUAUUUAUUCCUACUUUCUGUGUAGCAGCUUAAAGAAAUGCACCUCAUUUACUAUGAAGUGAGGAACUUUCAGGAAGAUACAUGCCUUUGGCAUUCUGAGCAUUGGAUCAGGAAAUUGAAUGGGGGGACAGAAGGAUGAGAGAAGGAUGUGGGUGAAACCGUGACGGUGGUGGGGGGCUACUUACUGAGCCUCCCUAUACCAUAUACUUGGUAUAUACCAUAAAGGACUCCCUGUACUUGGGGGUCCCAAGAUCACCCUCAGGCUUGGUGCUUCGCUAAGAGGACUCACAGGACUCAGCACGUAGUUGUACUUAGAGCUUUGAUUUAUUACAGCAAAAGGAUAACAACAAAAGAUCAGCCAAGGGAAAAGGCACCUGGAGCAGAGUACAGGGGAAACCAGGCCCAAGCUUCCAGAGCCCUCUCCCAGUGGGAUCAUGCAGGAUGUGCUUAAUUCCCCUAGCAACGAUUUAUUCACAAUAUGUGUGAAAUGUCUAGAAGGAAGCUUGUUAGAGACUAAGUACCCAAGAUUUUAAUGGGGGGGCUGGUCAUGUAGGCAACCUUUUCCUGACUCCCAGAAGGAAAGGAGGUUUUCACCAUGAACCGCAUCGUUUGUACAAACAGUUUGGGGCCAGUGAGCCAGUCUCAUCAGUUCAUGUGGGAACCUUCCCAAUGAAAUCUAAGUCUUCAGAUGUCAGCCAAGGGCCAACCUUGCAAACAGCCCUUUCCAGGCCUACUAUAUUAACUCUUUUCUGCACAAAAACCAUAGAGCUAGAGCUUUGGAUGAGAGAUGAAUGAGGUGUGGGCAGAUUUACCGGGUCCUGUUGUACGGGUUCUGCCCUACCAGGAAAACUCUGCCAGUUCUCAGGGCUUUUGUGCAUUAAUCUCCUAGGCAUGAGAGGCUGUGACUGAAUUCCAUAGGGAUUUACCAUGUGGAUUCCACUGGGCUUGAGAUGCCAGUUCAGGUUUCAGCUCUGCUAUACAUACUGCAAACCAGAACCGAAGACCAAAUGUCCUGGCCUCAGGGUGAUGAGGCUAUUUUUUUUUCCAUUUCAGACACAUUACCUGUUCAUCCUGUUAACUACUUUUUCUCUGGAAAAGGUGCCACUCUCUCUGGAUAAUAUAUUAUGACAAGGCCCGUGUUGGAAGGAAAAAAUAUUUCUUAAUCAAUAGUCUCUCAGCUAGGAAAAGCAAGAACGUAAGUGUAGAAGAAGGGCUUAGGAAUCGAGAAUUCUUCGGUUCUUUGAACUAAUUUGGCUACUCACCUGCCAGAUCAUUUGGGCAGGUCACUUGUUUACUCUGCUUCAGUUUAAACCCCAUUGUCAAUUAAGGAAAUACCCCGUUGUGAAUUGCACAGAGACAUUAGGUGGUGUUUUAUUAAUGCAGGUCUUUAAUGUAGAGCUUUUAUGGGAAAAAAAGGAAGUUUUAUGUA